UUUACUAAGAGCUGGCCUUUCUGCUCCUCCAACUGGCCCUGGCCAGGUUGGGAGUGCAGAGUAUCGGUGUGUGACGGGCGUGCCCGCACCAGCAAGGUUGCAAGGAGGGGGACAGCCGCUGGUUCCACCCAGACAUCCGGCGCGUGGAUUUGCUUGAUGCGUUGGCCCCCCCGGACCCGGACCUCUCCCCCAGGGCCCGCUUUCCGUACCAGACGGCCCCGGCGGCCCGAAACAGGCCACAAGAGGCACACCAAAAAUGCAACGAAUUGGCCGCCCGCGCCGGAUGUCUCGGCAGCGACCCAACCCCACAAGGAGCCCCGCGACGGGGACGACGGGCUUCUCUCGCCGAUCGCCUCGCCGCGCAGCUGGAGGGAGUCGGAUGGCCCGCCGCCGUUCCGGCUGGAGGUCGCUGGCAGCGCUGGGCUGGCGGGCUACCCUGCCAUGUCGCCUCGGUCCGGCAUGCUGAAGCAGAAGGUCGACGACCAUUUGUUCCUGAACGGGGAUUACGAGCUUAGACCUGAACUCCACAACGGCGCUCCGUGCUGGGAAAAGAGGCCGCCCGACGACGAGGCCCGGGCCGAGGGCGACAACCGGCGCAGGGCGCUCGACGAGGGUGACGAGCGCAGAGUGCUCUUCCGAGCCGCUGACGGGCGUUCAUGGGUCAUCGACACUGAAGCGCACGACGGCAACGAGGACGCGCUCGUGGUGGCCCGGGCGUGGACAGGCUCGGCAGACCCGACCGGGAUCGGCCGCUCCUGGGGGCCCGUGCCCCUCUGCAUCCACGCCGCCGGCGUCAACUGCGGGAGCGCGUGCCUCGAGUGCGCGGGCGCGCAGGAGCAGGGCCCCUCCAUGGCCAACUGCUGCUGAGCUUGAUGGCCGCCCGCCGCUGGCAGAGCUGUCCGCCAGCGGUGAAAAACAUGACACUUGCUGGCGUUCCCUGGAUGCAGGCAGCGGCGAAGCGUUCUGGCCUGCCUAGUAGGCCCAC